AUGGCUCCUGCCGCUGUAAUGGAGGCGGCGGACAUCGCAGUCGUGGCCGCCUACUUUGUUGUAGUGCUCGCCGUCGGCUUCUUGGCGAUGCGGAAGGCCGACCGUGGCACGGUGAGCGGCUACUUCCUGGCGGGGCGGUCCAUGAACUGGGCGGCGGUGGGAGCGUCUCUGUUCGUCAGUAACAUCGGGAGCGAACACUUCAUCGGACUGGCCGGGUCGGGGGCGGCCAGCGGCUUCAGCGUGGCGGCGUGGGAGUUCAACGCCCUGCUGCUGCUCCAGCUGUUGGGCUGGCUGUUCAUCCCCGUGUACAUCCACUCUGGGGUCUACACCACGCCCCAAUACCUGUCCAAGCGCUACGGGGGGCGGCGGCUAAAGGUCUACUUCGCCGCUCUGUCCCUCAUCCUCUACAUCUUCACCAAACUGUCUGUGGAUCUGUACGCCGGGGCGCUGUUCAUCCAGGAGUCGCUGGGGUGGAACCUCUACCUGUCAAUCAUCCUUCUGAUCGCCAUGACGGCCGUACUGACGGUCACCGGGGGCCUGGUCGCCGUCAUCUACACCGACACGGUCCAGGCGUUUCUGAUGAUCGGCGGAGCGCUUUGCCUCAUGGGCAUCAGCCUCUUCAAAGUGGGAGGACUGGAAGGGCUGAGGAGUGAAUACAUGGAGGCCAGGCCCAACGUCACAGCCGUCCUGCUGUCCCGGCCCAACCUGACGUACGCCCACAGCUGCCUCCGCCACCUCCACCCAAAACCACACGCCCUGAAGAUCCUCCGAGGACCCGCCGAUCCAGAUCUACCCUGGCCCGGUUUCCUGCUGGGUCAGACUCCUGCCUCCAUUUGGUACUGGUGUGCAGAUCAGGUGAUCGUACAGCGUGUCCUGGCGGCCAAAAACCUGGCCCACGCCAAAGGCUCCACCAUCAUGGCCGGCGUCUUGAAAAUCCUGCCCAUGUUCAUCAUCGUCAUCCCAGGGAUGAUUUCUCGGGUCUUCUUUGCCGACGACUUGGCGUGCAUCGGUCCGGACCACUGCGUGGAGGUAUGCGGUUCGGCGGCCGGCUGCAGUAACGUGGCCUACCCUCGCCUCGUCAUGUCGCUGAUGCCCGUGGGUCUGCGCGGUUUGAUGAUGGCCGUCAUGAUCGCCGCCCUCAUGAGCGACCUGGACUCCAUUUUUAACUCGGCCAGCACCAUAUUCACGCUGGACAUUUACAAGAUGCUGAGGCGGCGAGCGUCGUCCAGGGAGCUGGUGAUAGUGGGGCGGGUCUUCGUGGUCGUCAUGGUGAUCAUCAGCAUCGCCUGGGUGCCCGUCAUCAUCGAGAUGCAGGGAGGACAGAUGUUCUAUUACAUCCAAGAAGUGUCAGACUAUCUGACUCCGCCCAUCGCCGCUCUCUUCUUGCUGGGCGUCCUGUGUCAUCGCUGCAAUGAGACAGGUGCAUUCUGGGGCGGCGUGGCGGGGUUGGCUCUCGGAGCUUCGCGGCUGAUUUUGGCGUUUGUCUAUCGAGAGCCGCGCUGCGACCGGCCGGACGACAGGCCGUGGUUCAUCAAAGACGUCCACUUCAUGUACGUCGCGGCCGUUUUAUUUUGGGUGUCGGCUCUGGUGACGGUGCUUGUGAGUCUGUGCACGGCUCCGCCCACAGAAGAACGCAUCAGGACCACGACGCUGUGGGGCUUGAACAGGAGAAAGAAGCUGCGACGGCGAGAAAACCACAACUGGACAACUGCGCUGAAGCCUGUAAACCAGGCGACGGUCAACGGAGGCGGCUUCGCUGCUGAACGCCUCAUCUACGGCUUCGAGUCCGGUGGCGUAGAUACGUCACAGAGCAACGGCCACGCCCACGGUCCGAAUCCAACGCACACGCACGGGGGUCACCAGGGGUCACAUGACCCUGCAGUCCUGGAGGCGGACCUGGUGGAGGAGGAGUGGUUCUGUGGAGGAGCAGGGGCGGAGCCUGGGAGGUGUGGGAGGGUUCUGGAGUGGUUCUGCGGUGUCCAGGACACAGCGGCCGAAGCUCGGGUCAUCGACGUCCAGGAGCAGGAGAGGAUCCGAGACCAGCUCCUGCACGAACCCCCGUCCACCAGAACCCUCCUGAACGUGGCUCUGGUGCUGAUCUGCUCGGUCGGGGUUUUCCUCUUCGUCUAUUUCUCUUUGUAG